AGGUCCUACAACUCCAACAUCUACUUGGUUACGAACAGGUUCUAGUCGGGCAGAAAGAGGAUUAUAUGAGGAGGAGGACUAUCCCCUCCAGCUGAUCCAGUUGUCUCCUCUUCUCCUGAAUGACCCCCAAGGAUGGACAAGGACAGGAAUGAGAUGACUAAGAGAAUAUUACACUUCACCUUGGAGAUCCUCCACCUGCUGACCGGAGAGGAUUACACCAUAGUGAAGAAGACAUGGGGGGAGUGUGUGGCCCCCAGCAGCCAUCUCCAUGAGUCAGGAGGAGGGAGCAGGGCCCGGGGCCCCAUCACAGAGCCUCCACCUCACUCACUGAUACAUGAGGAGAAGAUCCUAGAACUCACCCACAGGAUCACAGAGCUGCUGACUGGAGAGGUUCCUAUAAGGUGUCAGGAUGUGGCGGUCUAUUUCUCCAUGGAGGAGUGGGAGUAUGUAGAAGGACACAAGGAUCUGUACCAGGACAUAGUCAUGAUGGAGGAUCACCGGCCCCUCACAUCACAAGAUGGAGUCAUUGAUAGAAAUCCACCCGAGAGGUGUCCCUGCCCUCUGUAUUCCCAGGACUGUCCAGAGGGAAAUGUCCCAGAGAAGCAUCAGGGGGGAGAUCUGACUAAUAAUAAAGUGGAGGAUGAAGAAGAGAGGAUGAGGGGCCAUCACCCGUGUAUGAGGGAAGUGAAGGAGGAAAUUCCAGGAGGUGUUACCCCAGAACAUCCAAGUGACGGAAACUUCACGUUAUGGCUGAAUUAUAAAGUAGAGAAGGAAGAUGGAGAGAUCGUGGAGCGCUCCUCAGGAGAAGAUGGAGAGAUCAUGGAGCGCCUCUCAGGAGAAGAUGGAGAGAUCAUGGAGCGCUCCUCAGGAGAAGAUGGAGGGAUCAUGGAGCGCUCCUCAGGAGAAGACCUCCUUACCCCUAAUGUCCAUCCAGAUCUAUCCUAUAAUAAUCCCCCUGAUCAUGAGGAACCUUCUCCUCACCAACCACACAUUGUAACGACAAGGACAGAGAAGAAAGGGGUUAAAAAGUAUCAAUGUGACAUAUGUGGAAAAGAGUUUUCGAAAAGCUCAAAUCUUUUUACACACAGAAGAAUUCACACCGGAGAGAAGCCGUACUCAUGUUUAGAGUGUGGGAAGUGUUUUACGAGAAAAUCGGAUUUAAUUAAGCAUGAGAGAAGCCACACAGGAGAGAAGCCGUAUUCAUGUUCAGAAUGUGGGAAAUGUUUCACAGAUAGAUCGAGUCUUGUUAUACAUAACAGAAAGCACACAGGGGAGAAGCCGUAUAAAUGUUCAGAAUGUAGCAAAUGUUUUACAAGUAACUCACAUCUUGUUAUACACGAAAGAAGUCACAAGGGAGAAAAGCCCUAUUCAUGUUCAGUAUGUGGGAAAUGUUUUAUAAAUCAAUCGAGUCUUGUUAGGCAUGGGAGAAGUCAUACCGGGGAAAAGCCGUAUUCAUGCUCAGAAUGUGGGAAAUCUUUUAAACACAAAUCGUAUCUUGUUAUACAUAGGAGAAGUCACACAGGGGAGAAGCCGUAUUCAUGUUCAGAAUGUGGGAAAUGUUUUACACAUAAAUCACAGCUUGUUAUACACGAGAAAAUUCACACAGGAGAGAAGCCAUAUUCUUGCUUGGAAUGUGGGAAACAAUUCAUACAGAAAUCCCAUCUUGUUUUACACGAGAGAAGUCACACAGGAGAGAAGCCGUAUUCGUGUUCUGAAUGUGGGAAAUGUUUUACCAAUAAACAAAGUCUUGAUACACAUGAGAAAAUUCAUACAGGCGAGAGGCCAUUUCCAUGCUCAGAAUGUGGGAAAUGUUUUAUUACUAAAAUCAGACUUAGGAAUCAUCAGAAGAUUCACACAGGGGAAAAGAUGUUUUAAUUAUGUUCAGAAUGUGAGAAAUCAUAUGUGGAAAGACGUACUUGGGAUAUAAAAAAAGAGAAGAAAAGCCUUGUGUCCUUCCAAAGCCGUGAAGCUGAACUAUUGUCAACGUGAACUUUAUUUAUUAAUAGAUAGAUAUAUAGGAGAAUCCAGAGGUGGAGAAUCAAGGACAUCGCAUGCGGGGAUUGUUGUUGUUUUAUUUGUUAACAUGUGGACAUAAUAAACAAUCUUAAUUCCUGCAGUAUAUAAAAAUAAAGGUGAUGGAAUUGACUG